AUGCCUUUUCGCGGACGGCCGUCCAAGGGCUGUGGGACAUGUCGGAGACGGAAGAUCAAGUGCGAUCUACGCGAGGGUGGCUGCGAGAGGUGCGAGAGGGCGGGCUGGGAUUGUGGAGGUUAUCGAGACCUCACGUCCUUGAUGUUCCACGAUGAGAGCGAACGGGUGAUCGAGAAAGUCCACGCGCAGAAGGGCACUCGGCGCCCAGCAGAAAGUGCUCCUGAAGUGUCGCUGUCCCCAUCGACCACUGCUUCCACGACCAUUGCUAGUCCGAGCGAUCGAGCUUCCGACCUGGCGGUGGAGGAGCUUCCUUCAGCAACACUUCUCACGAGAUCGUCCACUCGGGAUUCUGCAGUCGAGCUAAGUUGCCACGGUGGUGGAUCCAAUCCAUCUUUUUCGCCCCGAGCAUCGCCCGCGAACUCACUCCCGGGACUGGACGACCUGGCUCUGGCCUACUUCUUCGAUACGUACGUGUACAAGUACAAUGACAAAAGAGAUCAGUGGGACAUCGAGGUUGGCAACGGCUGUCUGCUGGCUGCUGUGAAGGCACUAGGGACUGCUGGCGCGGUCAGCCAGAUUGGGCGUAGUCACCAGCUCGAAGCAGAGGCUCAGAAGCAGUACGUCGAUGCCAUUCGAAAGACAAACAAUGCUCUGCAGAACUCCACCGAGCGCACACGGGACAGCACAUUGGUAGCCAUCACGAUCCUGGGUAUAUUCGAAAACGUCUCCGGCUUUCAGCGCAAUCUGGACUCCUGGCGGGAACACGUCAACGGGGCAGCUUCUCUACUUCAGCUGCGCGGCAGUAAACAGUUUAGUACGCAGACAGGAUGUCGACUCUUUCUUCAGACGUGUACCAAUCUCAUAUUAAGCUGCCUGAGUCGACGACUCCCGAUACCAGCACAUGUGCGCGCUAUGCAGAAAGUUGCAGAGAGGUUCAUUCCCGAUCCAACCGAGAGUGUCUGGCGCUUUCACCUCGCCGGAUUGCGAAUCGCGGAUCUCAACGCUCGACUAUUGCCUGGCAACUACCCGGCAUCGCCACCUCAAGCUCAAUCGAUUGUCGAUGAUGCGCUUGCACUCUAUGCCGAGUUGGAGUCGAUCCUCGCAGACGCGCCAGAAGAUUGGAAACCACGUUACAGAGGUGCUACAGGCCAGAUGAUAUACUCGGACUACUGCUAUGUUUUCGACAGUUACAUCAUCGCUCAGAUAUUUAGUGGGAAUUGGGGCUACCGGAUCAUGUUGACUGACGUGCUACGCAAAGCACUAGUCAAUCUGCGAGCUUCUGGUAACAAGGUCGAUCGGGCACAACUGGACCGGAUCCAGUUUUAUAUUGGAUCUGUGAGGCAAUUGCAGCUAAACAUCUUAGCCGUCAUACCUCAGCACUUGAGUCACAGGUUUCCUAUCCAUUAUACUACGGAUGCGAGUGGACAUAUCACGGAGCAGCCUUCAUCGGGAUUCAAUUCGAGAAAUCACAACCCUUUUCGACAUGCGGAAGAGAAUGAGGUUGCUUUGCCGUUCGUCAGAAUGUCGGGAGGAUAUCAAACACAGUUUCCUUUGUUUGCUGCUGGUGCCGCUGAUCCGCCUGGAGGCCCGGUCAGGAUGUGGGUCAUUGGCGCACUGAAGACGUUGCAUCAGAGUAUGGGCGUGCAGCAGGCUGCUGUACUAGCGAGUCAACUUGAAGGCGAUGACUCUGGUUCUGGAAUUCCCGAGGAUUUGUGGCACUGCACACUGCCUCCCUGAAUGUUCAGCUUCGACAAAACAAGACCAAGACCCUCAUCGUGGGGCUUUGCUGCGUCUGCAGUAUGGACUCG